AAGCCCUUCCUGUGACACAGAGUGUAGGAAUCAGGAUUACAGCCGGCCAGUGAAGCCAGAGUGAAAGCUCUGCUGAUGGGGGAAGGAGGGGCUCAGGUAGGAAAGGGAAAAAAAAAAGACAAACAGGACAACAAGUGUAUUUAACUGAAGGCUAGAACAAACAAGGUGUGUUUCAAGGGGAGGCAGGGGGCAGAUCCAAGCAAAGACAGACAUUUUAAAAGAUACAAACUCCAGCGGCAAACUCGCAUCUGUCCCCCUGCCCCAGCCAUCUGUCGCCGGCCGCCGACAUCCUCGUCCCGGGCAGUUGGAUCAUAUCUUCGAGUCUUAUUUUGAUGGAGCGACCACAAGAGUGCCAGAGGAGGCGGAAGAAUAGAGGCUGUGAAAUGAAGACAAGGGUCACCCUGCGGAAUCUGUGAUAGAUGGGACUCACAGUGUGGACAGGUGUCUCAAAGAUGGAGUACAUCUGUGUCUUUAUGAAGCGGGCAGUGACGGGGAAGGACAGGAGUGAAUAUUGAGGAUUUGUUUUGCGCUGAUAUAUGACAUGGUGUAAGUUUCUGGCAGCUUUCGGAGCUUUUCUGAAGUCUCAUUCUCCAGCCAAGAGAGGAAUUAUCUUUUCCCCAGAGGUGAGCAGCUGCUGAAGACCUUAAAAAGGCAACUGCUUUACACACAAAUAUGCACGCUCGAAGGUUUCUCCUCAAAGCAUUCUGGGACAUCUUAUCGGAAAACCCUCUUUUGAGCGAGUGAUAAUGUGACCUUCUGCCAAAGUGCUGGAAACCAUGCCACCGUCGCAGCGGGCUCCUCUGUUGCUGCCACUGAAAUAGACUCAAACAAGUGCAGGGAGAGGAAGAGGAAAGGAGGACGGAGAGGACGAGGGAGGGAGAGGAAGAGAAGAAGAGGGCCAAAGGGGAGAGAAAGAAGGAAGAGAAAGGAGGAAAAAAAUAAAAACGGGACCAGGACAGCUGAAGCUGCGGACACGGGAUGAGUGGUGACGAGCCAGGGCUGGAUGUGGAUUGCCAACACAGGCAGUAGGUGACUGAGAUGGGCGUUCGUCUAGGCUGCUUGAGCGACUCCCCGUGGUGGCCGCCGCCGCUGCUGCUGCUGCUGUUCUGCACUGUCCCCUGCUGUUUAGGACGGCCCUUCGGGAUUCCCAUGCCCUCUGUGAACGUGGCGGUGGUGUUCAGCGGCUCGGCCUACCAGACAGAGAUUAAGGGGCGGCUAAGCCGGGAAAACUUCAUGGACCUGCCUCUGGAGGUGAACCCCAUCACUGUGCUGGUCAACAACACCAACCCACGGGCACUGCUCACCCGCAUCUGUGACACCCUUUCCACCAACCGCGUCCAUGGCGUGGUGUUUGAGGACAACGUUGGCUCGGAGGCCGUGGCACAGAUCUUGGACUUUAUUUCCACUCAGACAGCUGUGCCCAUUGUGGGCAUCAGUGGAGGUUCUGCUGUCGUCCUGCCAUAUAAGGGUGAGGGCUCUAACUUCCUCCAGCUGGGCUCCUCCAUCGAGCAGCAGAUCAACGGCAUGUUCAAGGUGAUGGAGGAGUACAACUGGGACAGCUUUGUGGUCAUAACCAGCCUCUACCCAGGCUACGAAACCUACGUGGAUUACGUUAAGUCCUUCACAGACACCAGUUACUUCAUAUGGGAUCUGCAGGACGUUUUGACCUUUGACAUGUCCGCCGAUGGCCUAAAUGACAUCCGAGCACGAAGGCUGCUGCAGCAGAUUGACGCUCAGGUGCUAUUGGUCUACUGCUCCCACGAUGAGGCUCAGUACCUGUUCACCAUGGCAGCCGAGGCCGGACUGGUAGGGCCAGGCUACAUCUGGAUUAUCCCCAGCCUUGCGGUGGGGAACCCAGACAUCCCCCCGCCUGACAGCUUCCCUGUGGGGCUCAUCAGCAUCAUCACAGACCGGUGGAGGAUGAGCCUGAGGAAGAGAGUGCGGGACGGGGUGGCCAUCGUGGUGAAGGGCGUGCAGAGCUUUCGGAAACAGAGAGGCUUCGUCCCUGAGAGCCACAGUGACUGUCACAACUCCGUCAAGCCAUCCACUACCAAUGACACUCUGUUCAGGCACAUGUUGAAUGUAACCUGGGAACACAACGACUUCUCCUUCAACAGUAAUGGUUACCUGGUGAAUCCCGCCAUGAUAAUUAUCACUUUGGACAGAGAGAGACAGUGGGACAAGGUGGGGACCUUCGAGAUGGGGAUCCUGCAAAUGAGAUACCCCGUGUGGCCGCGGUACGGCUCCUACCUAGAGCCGGUGUCGGAUUACAGGCAUCUGACUGUGGCCACGCUGGAGGAGAGGCCCUUUGUCAUUGUGGAGGCAGUGGACCCCGUGACGGGUACAUGUGUCAGCAACACUGUACCCUGCCGACGACAGUCCAACAAGACGGAGGCUAUUGUAGGUCACACUGAGCCGUACACAAAACUGUGCUGUAAGGGCUUCUGUAUAGACAUCCUGAAGAAGUUGUCCCGCACCAUCAAGUUUUCCUAUGACCUCUACCUGGUCACCAACGGCAAGCACGGCAAGCUGGUGCGAGGCAUUUGGAACGGGAUGAUCGGAGAGGUGUUCUACAAACGGGCAGACAUGGCCAUCGGCUCGCUGACCAUAAACGAAGAGCGCUCUGAGAUUAUUGACUUCUCAGUGCCGUUUGUGGAGACAGGGAUCAGUGUGAUGGUGGCCAGAAGUAACGGGACUGUCUCACCAUCUGCCUUUUUAGAACCAUACAGUCCGGCAGUCUGGGUCAUGAUGUUCGUCAUGUGUCUGACUGUUGUGGCCAUCACAGUCUUUGUCUUUGAAUACUGCAGUCCAGUUGGGUACAACCGCAGCCUGGUGACUGCUAAAGAUCCUGGAGGGCCCACAUUCACUAUUGGAAAGUCAGUGUGGCUGCUGUGGGGAAUCGUCUUCAACAACUCAGUCCCCAUUGAGAAUCCAAAGGGCACAACCAGUAAGAUCAUGGUCCUGGUCUGGGCUUUCUUCGCUGUCAUCUUCCUGGCUUCCUACACAGCCAACCUGGCAGCCUUCAUGAUCCAGGAGCAAUACAUCGACACAGUGUCUGGACUGAGUGACAAAAAGUUUCAAAAGCCACAAGAGCAGUACCCUCCAUUCCGCUUUGGUACAGUCCCAAAUGGCAGCACAGAGCGCAACAUAAGGAGUAACUACCCAGAGAUGCACUCCCACAUGGUCAAAUACAACCAGAAGGGAGUAGAGGAUGCCCUCAACAGCCUCAAAACAGGGAAACUUGAUGCCUUUAUCUAUGAUGCUGCUGUGCUGAAUUACAUGGCUGGCAAAGAUGAGGGCUGCAAGCUGGUGACCAUUGGCAGUGGGAAAGUGUUUGCUACCACUGGUUAUGGCAUUGCCCUGCAGAAGGAUUCACGGUGGAAACGACCUAUUGACCUGGCCCUGCUCCAGUUCCUGGCUGAUGGUGACACACAGAAGCUGCAGACCGUCUGGCUCACAGGCAUCUGCCGUAAUGAGAAGAAAGAGGUGAUGAGCAGUAAGCUGGACAUUGACAACAUGGCGGGAGUCUUCUACAUGCUGCUUGUGGCCAUGGGCCUGAGCCUGCUGGUUUUCGCUUGGGAACAUCUGCUCUACUGGAAACUACGACAUUCAGUCCGCAAAUCAGAGCGCCUGGACUUCCUCCUAGCUAUCAGUAGGGGCAUCUACAGCUGCUUCAAUGGAGUAGAGCAAUCUGACCACAAUGGGAGCAUGCAGAGUCCGGACGUCACUACCAACUAUUCACAAGCCAAUAUGCUUAAGAUGCUGCAGACAGCCAAGGACAUGGUGUCCUCUGCCAGAGUGGAGAACUCUCUAGACAAUGCCACCAAAACGAUAGAGAACUGGAGCAGGCGGGGGGGCGACAAUGUGCGGGUUGGCCUGCCACCCAGAGUGACGACCACAGACAUGAGCCAUGGCCGUCUGCCCUAUAUCUCCAGCAUCACAGACAACCACUCACCGUACCCUCAGAGGGCCCUCACACCCACCUUCCCUGUUCAUUAUGGGGACAGCUCCACCCAGCCUCUCCUGGAUAAGCCCCGGGUGUUGACCCGACCGACCCCACUCCGCUACACGCUGCCCACCCGCAACAGUCAGCAUGUCUUAGAGAGGACUCUGCCGAUCUCCAGCCUCAGCAGCCCUCAUAUUGCCAUGCGGGACCCAGCUCCCUCCGGUACAUCUAACCCCCACCACAGCAGCAGGCUGUAUGUGGAGAACCAGGCCCGGCACCCCACGUCCCCUUUUGUUCCAUACAGGGAGUUCCAGGUGCCCGAUAUCUACGUAGAGCACAAAGGACCGCUGAGGAGGAAAUUUAGCUACCCCCCUGACUGCGUGACCCGGAGGAGGAGGUCCCAUAGCUAUGUGUUUGAUGCUGCAGACCCCAGAAUGAGAAGUGACUAUGAUGAACCUCGAUCCUGCCUUGCUGAGUUGAGGGCCAAUCACCUCCUGAACAACCACGCCCCUGUUGCUGCUGCCAUGGCUUGCUCUGCAGGACAUUAUCCAGGUGGCAGCACCAGUUGCAACUCCUGUAUGAAGUCCUAUCUGGAGCCUGAAAUGGAUGACAUACCACUCAUUGGGAAGGACAAACUCAACCGCCGCGCCUCAUUUCUCAAAGCAACAUGGGGCAACGAUAGGGUCCAUCAGGUAGACGAAACAAAGCCCUCUACAUCCACAUCUCAAUCCACACGCGCAGACAUGCCUGACCUUUUUCCACGGGUGGUAGUGGCCAACCCAAAGCCCCACAAGCUAUACGGUAGUCUAGGGCACAACCUGUCCUGCUACCCCUUGGCUGCUGAGCCUGCCUACUUGGACCCAGCCCACAUGGGCUCCUACCCCUACAAGCAAAAGCUCAAGUACUCUGAGUCUACCCGGCUACCCUCUUACAGGGAAGCCAUCCUGCAGAAUGCCGCUGCCCUGCGCCGCUCUUCCUCUACAGUGGUGCACAGACACUACUCUACCUACCUGAACUCGUACACAGACUUACCAGUGUAUGUGGGGCCACUGGCCCAGGGGCCGUCACAGUUCUAUGACAGUUCCAAGGACGUGUGCCACUUGUUUCCCUGUACAAGCCACUGCCCAGAUAAUGCAGCAAUGCUGCCUCGUAUGAGUGACAGGCAAGUGGUUUACCACAACAAUAUGUUUGGGCCCUACAAUGGCACAGGAAAGAGGGAAGACCCAGGCUCUGGGAACAGAGAGCGGAGGCAGGUGUUGGUGGCGCGCAGAGUCAAUAGUCCCUAUGUGCCAAAGCCCUGGGGCAGAGUAUCCAGCCUGGAGUCUGAGGUCUGAGACCCCAUCUUUACUGGACCUCCACUAGGUGAGCCCCUCUGAAGAGAGGCAUGCCUGGGGUUCGCCCCUCAGCCUCUGGUUAAAGCAAAAAUUUAACUCUACACCAAUAGUGUAUUUGAGAGUGUUGACUCUCAAUUAUCAGUGCAAUAAUAUCUUGGGCAGCGACGCGUAAAGGAGAAGACACUGACGAGCAAAUUACUGCUGGGACUUUGUAAGCCAAACUUAAAAUACUUAUAAAAGAAAAUGCAAUGUUGAAAAGUAUUUAAUACAUUAGAAUUUAACCUGUUGAUUGUUAUUUAAAGGAUUUUUAAAUGUUGCUAUGUGGAAGAAUUCUGGGAGACAAUAUACUGUAGCCUCUCAAUCUGAUUACGACUUGAGACAUUUCUUUUUCUCAUUUUUUUCAAAAUCAUUUAAGUACCCACCAUGUCAAUUGAGAGAUAAAUUAUUAAGACAAUUUUGUGAUCAAAGCACUGACAUAUCUUCCCGGAAUUUUCUAAGUCAACGACCUUGGGUGCGCAGUUGCUUUGAGGCUUUCCGCUCCAUUGGUCAUUAAUGUUAUUUGACUGGGAUUUUAAAAAGGGAAAACCAUAAAAAGUAUCAUGUGUAUUUCCAUUGUUACACUUCCCUUUAAUAAAGAACAAGGUCAUCUCAAGGGCCUUUUGGAAUCAUC